AUGCUGCUGCGGAACAGCAGGCCUCCGCCUCGCAAGCCGCGCAUCUACGUGCCGCAGCACUGGGAGCAGCAGGGCUGGGAGGACCUGGAUCUGCCCCUGGUGAGGGAGCUGCGGGGGCAUGUGGACAGGGAGGAUGCGUGGGAGGCCAAGCACGCGUUUGAGGCGGCGCUGGCGCCCCUCAAGGAAGCGCUGCAGCGGGGGGAGGACCCGCGGGCUGCAGGGCUGGCGGUACCGCCUCCCUACGCCUGGAAGCUGUACUUUGCGGUAUUGGCUGCCACCAACUGCCACGCCCACCACAUGUCUGAGCUCAUUGAGCUGAUGGUCAAGCUGAGGCCCGCCUGCUACGUCAUCGCCCUGCGCCAGAUGGCCAGGCAAGGCAUCGGGUCGCCAGCCUACACAACAAUCCUGCGUAUGAAGGACCGGGGGCUGACCCCCACGCUGCGCUGCUUCAUGUUUGCCAUCGAGUCGUGCCUGCGCUGCACCACGCCGGAGCUGACCUACGUGAAGAGGAUGUUUGAUGAGGUGGCGGAGACGGGGCUGGCUGUGCACCCCACACAGAAGUCGGAGCUGGGGAAGCUGAUGAUGCACGGCGUGCGGGAGCUGGCGCGGUUUGGGCGCUUUGACAGCGCCCUGGCCCUGCUGGAGCAGCUGGAGGCGAUGGGCUUGCGGGUGCCUGCUUUCCUGGUGGCAGACGUUCUUCACAUGGCUGUGCUGGCGGGGCGACCCAAGACGCUGCUGGAGUGUGUGCGGCGGCUGGAGCAGGCCACUUCCACAUUCCAGGAGGUGCCUGGCGUGGGUGAGCCCGUGACGCGGCCUCUCAAGGUGGAGGAGGGCUUGCUGCUGGGGGCGCUGGAGGUGGCUGCUGGGCGGGGGGAUGUGGAGCUGGCGGAGGCGACGUGGCAGCUUCUGGAGCGGUCGGUGGCGCUGCCCAACCCCCCCAGCACCGGCGGCGCCCUGGCCAAGCACUUGGGCCAGGUGGCGGCGCUGGAGCGGCGGCAGGAGGCGGAGGAGGACGCGGCGGCGGCCGCGGCGGCCGCUGCAGAGGCCGAGGCUUCCGCUGCGCUGCCCGACGCGGCGGCGGGCGCUGCUGCGACGCCGGAUGCGGCUGGGGCGGAGGGCGGGCAGGAGGGGCUUGGCGGGGAGGCAGCCGCCGAGCCCGCUGCCUGCUCCAAGCUGGAGCAGUGGGGUGAGGAGCUGGAGGCUAGCGACGUGGCGGCGGCCGAGGCGGCCGAGGCGGCUGCCCGCCGCUUCCGUCCCGACCGCUCCACGCCCGACUCUGCCAGGCUGGACGCGCAGGCGGUACGGGAGGAGGCGGCGGCUGUGGCGGCGCAGCGCCGCGGCAUGCGCCCGCCCUCGCUGCUCGCCCACCUGGCGCACAUCCACGCGUACGCCAAGGCGGGGCAGCUGGAGGGGCUGUUUGGGGCGGUGGAGGCAAUGCAGCAGGCAUACCCCGAGGAGGGCGGGGCAGCCUCCUACCACGCCGGCCUGCCCAUGGCGGUGGAUGCGCUGGCGGAGUCGGAGGAACGAUGCGACGCCGCUUUCUUCCUUCUGGAGGCCUGGGCACAGCAGGAGCGCCCCGUCAGCGCCACCCAGCUCAAUCUGGUGGUGGCGGCCUGCUGCCAGAUUGGGGACCUCAAGCGCGCCUUUGAGACGUUUGAUGCGUUUGAAGGGCUGGGGGUGGCGCCGGAUGCCGACACAUACAACGCGCUCAUGCAGGGCUGCAUCGAGACGGGCGACGUGGGCACCGCCCACAGGGUGCACGAACAGAUGCAGGGGGCAGGCGUGGAGGCCAACGCGCACACACACCACCAGCUGGUGAACGCGGCGGUGGUGGCUGGCGACAUUGCCGGCAUGAUGGAGUCACUGGAGGCGCUGGAGGCGGCGGGGCACACGCCGCGCCUGGCGCUGCUGGAGAGAUGCGUGGCACGGGCGGAGCGGGCGGGCGAGCGGGAGCCGGUGAAGCAGCUGCUGCGCCGCCUGUUCACAAAUGACUACCGCAUUGUGGGCAUCGAUGCCAAGGCACGCUGGACUGCGCUGCGCUCUGGAUGCCGUGUGGAUGCGCCUGCCCGCCGCUGGAAGCCCGAGGGCGGCAUGGAGAUGCUGACUGGCAGCAGCAGUUGGUUCAGCCGGGAGGAGGUGCUGCGCGAGAUGCGCAAGGACGAGUCCAUCAGCCGCCGCAUGACACGCCGCAACUUCCCGCAGAUGCAGCGGUCGGAGCAGGCAGCCCAGCGCUCGGCGCAGGCAGGCCAGGGCCACGCUCAGGAGCAGCAGCAGCAGGUUGUGCAACAGUAG